GUUCUUCUGUCUAGGAGCAUACGGAAUUUCAAUGUUUUGGUUUUGAGGUGUCUUUUAAAUAUGGGUUUUGAUAAUGAACAGUAUAUUCCAUUGCUACGAAUUUUUGUUUUUAAAGAAACUUGAUAACGAUCCAGAGUUUUGGAGUAAGAUUAAAGGUAGCAUAUUAAAGCAAAAUGAUUAUUCGUUAAAGACUGUUCCACCUGACUUGUGGUUUGUGGCUGUUACAGUACGUGAAACCAAAGACAGGUUUCCAUCUUUUAUAAAGAAAAUUGCUUUGAAGAAUCCUCUGUAUUCCCCAUCUCGAACUGAUUGCAUCUUGAGUAGGUACUUACAGUAUCAUGAUUUCGUUGAAAUGCACCUUGAUAGUGUCUUCAAAUACCAUGAAAAUUGUACUCUUCCAAAAGAACUGUUCAAAUGCCCCAACUUGAAGGUGUUAUCUCUGAAAUACAAUUUUUUGGAAGAGUUACCACCAGAUGUUGGUAAACUUCAGAAGCUUGAAUACUUGGCCUUGACUAAUAACAGACUUCAGAAUUCAUCUAUUCCGUACACUUUGUCUUUUUGUACCUCUCUAAGAGUUUUAUUGCUUGAUAAUAAUCUGCUUGAUGCUUUGCCUGGUUUCUUAUUGGUGAUACCAAAUUUAACUACUGUUCAUCGUCAUGGUAACCAUAACUAUUUUAAGGCUACAUUCAUGUGGUAUCACACAGAUGUGAAUGAAAGAAUUCUUGCAGUACCUGGAUGUUCACCAUGUGUGCAUGAAUUACAGACUCUGAAGAUGCUAUCUGCAACAGCGAUUAUUGCAGCUAAAAUUAACUAUUUUGCUGGUUCAUAUGUUCCUUCAAUGCUCAUAGAUUACAUAUGCAGUAUUUAUUUUGACUUCAAUGUGUGUUACAAGUGCUUUUCUGCAAAUCUAAAAUCUAGACCAGGAUAUAAAGUAUAUACCUUCAAGAAUCCUUACCUAGGAAACACAUGUGUGCCUUUUCAACAUUGGGCAUGCAGUCUGCAGUGUGCUGAAGCUAUUGAAGUGCCAGCCAGAGAAGAACAGCUUCUAACUGCAAUGCAGCAAGACAGAGAAUAUUACCAAAAAAUACAAGAAGCGAUGAAUUCUACUCUAUACCCACAAAAAAACACUAUUAUUAAUCUCUGUUGCAUUCUGUGAUCAAUACGUCUAUAUAUAUUUGUUUUUAUAAUUUAUUAUAUGUGUAUCAAUGUAUAUGUGCAAUUAUAUAUAGGAUUUAGAUAUUGUUAUUAAAUUACCAAAAUAUAUGUAAUAUACUUAAAAACUUUUAAACAGUACUUUAUCUUCAUGUAUUUGUGUAGUUGCAAUAUAUGAAUAUAUUAAAAUUUGCCAUUUUAAAUUUAUAUUUUAGUGAAUUAUACAGAAGUUCUAAUAAAUGCAUUUGAAAAAGA